UGUCAUCUGUGUACGCAGUGUACGUUGUUGGAAAACACCGAAAGCACAGUGAGCUGCGAGAAUCGAGAUGGCAUUAUUCCGGGGAUUCCGGGCAUUGCCUGCCGGAAUCGGCGCAACUAAGAAUACUAAGAUUUCUCAGAGUUUACCGGCUGUGUUUUAUCACGCAAAUGUAAUCGAUCACUAUGAAAAUCCUAGAAAUGUUGGUUCCUUGGAUAAGAAUGAUGAGCAAGUUGGGACAGGACUUGUAGGAGCACCUGCUUGUGGUGAUGUGAUGAAACUUCAAAUCAAAGUUGAUGGAGAUGGCAAGAUAAUUGAUGCAAAAUUCAAGACUUUUGGUUGUGGUUCUGCUAUUGCCUCGAGUUCUUUAGCAACAGAAUGGGUUAAAGGAAAAACUGUGGAUGAGGCAUUGACAUUGAAAAAUACUGAUAUUGCAAAAGAGCUUUGCCUUCCACCUGUCAAGCUACACUGUUCGAUGCUUGCCGAGGACGCAAUUAAGGCUGCUCUGUCAGAUUAUCGCAUUAAACAACAGUCAAAGACUAACGAGACAAAGUAAUCAAGUAAAUUGAAGUACUUCCAUCCACUAAUGGAAGUACUUUAAUUACGCAAUGUGAUAGCAGCAAAAUAGAAAACAUAAUAUGUAUGUAUAGCCUAUAAAGAAUGUAUAAUUUCUAUUAGCUCGAUCUAAGUAAUUAUGAUUAGUAUCAUUCCCUUAAAAUAAU